CGGCCCGGCUCCGCCGCCGGCACCCGCGCGGCGCCCAUGGCACAGCGGGGCGGGCGCUGCCGCACGGCCCCGCGCCCCGGCGCAAAGUUUCUGUUUGAGAAAUACGUGUUCGCUCAGCAAAACAAAAACAGCUUUUAAAGGUUGCUCUCUGUGGAAAUCACUCCAUGCCCCAUUACCUGCUUGAGUGAAACCAGACUAAGAACCUCUGUCAUGGCAGCUUUUCUGCUGGGAGCUGUGUUGCUUGUUGUUCAACCUCAUAUUGUGCCUUCCAGACCAGCUGUAAAUUCAAAGGCUGAGACCUCUUCUCAGUCUGUUCCAAGAGAGCUUUUAAAGAAAACAUCUCAAAAAAAUGACUUCAAGGAAAACAUUCAUUCUAAUGGAUCAUGCCAGCAGCUGCCACAGACUAUUAUUAUUGGAGUGAGAAAAGGGGGAACAAGAGCUUUGUUAGAGAUGUUGAGCCUCCAUCCAGAUAUCGCGGCAGCAGAAAGUGAAGUUCACUUCUUUGACUGGGAAGAUCAUUACGGAAAUGGAUUGCAGUGGUAUAUUAAUCAAAUGCCAUUCUCUUAUCCCCAUCAGAUCACAGUGGAAAAAACUCCAGCAUAUUUCACAUCACCGAAAGUGCCUGAAAGAGUUUAUAACAUGAACCAAUCAAUGAGAUUGCUCCUGAUUUUAAGAGACCCAAGUGAGAGAGUACUAUCAGAUUACACCCAAGUGUUCUAUAAUCACAUGCAGAAGCACAAGCCGUAUCCAUCCAUUGAACAAUUUCUGAUUAAAGAUGGUGAACUCAAUGUGGACUACAAGGCAAUAAACAGAAGCUUAUAUUACAUUCACAUGCAAAACUGGCUGAAGUAUUUUUCUCUUGACCACAUCCACAUUGUAGAUGGGGAUAAACUAAUCAAAGAUCCCUUUCCAGAAAUAGAGAAGGUAGAGAGAUUUUUGAAGUUAUCACCACAAAUAAAUGCUUCAAACUUUUAUUUCAAUAAAACUAAAGGUUUCUAUUGCCUACGGGACAGUGGUAGGGAACGUUGUUUACAUGAGUCAAAAGGACGAGCACACCCACAGGUAGAUACCCGUUUACUUGAGAAACUGCAUGAAUAUUUCCAUGAACCCAACAAGAAAUUUUUUGAGCUUGUUGGCAGAACAUUUGACUGGCACUCAUUUGUGGCAAGUUAGUGGUAAGCUUCAGAACCUAUGUUCCAGUGUACAUUUAGGAAUUUUAAAAAGGGCAUUUAAGCUAUAAUUUAUUUGUAAAAUCCAUAAAUACUUCUGUACAGUAUUAGAUUCACAAUUGCCAUAUAUACUAGUUAUAUUUUUCUACUUGUUAAAUUUGAAAGCAUUUUGUAUUGUUUUUCAUGGUUGUUAACAUUGUGUAUUAUGUGUCUAUAUGAAGAAACUAAAAUAUUUCACUGCAGAAGAUACUCUCUUGAGAAUGUGUUGUCUUUUUAAGAAAUAAGAGAUUCAUUUCAAUAGAACGUUUCAGAAUUAUCUGAAUAUUUUAGUCUUUCUGGAUUACUGUGGACUUUCCCCUUUAAUUGCUAAUGAAUAUACUCAACUUUACAUUUCCCUUUCUCUUGCUUUAAAACACAUCAUUUAAUAAUUUAUUUUUAUUUGAAAAUGUUUUUGUGUUUAGCAAAGUGUUCCAUCCUGCUUUACAAAACUAUUUCUUGAUAAAAUGGUACUUCUGAUACAUGCUGGGACAGGCACAUCCAAGGGACAACAGAAUGCUCUGUAAUAAUACAUAUUAACUGCUGCACUUACCUUCAUAUUUAAUAUUAUAGCAAGUUCUCCUGGAAGUACAGUGCUAGUUUCAUGGCAGAUUUUUAAGAUCCUGCGGGGACCAGCUCAUAAAAUCUACAAUUGGCUGAAGAAAUAUAGCCAACCUGAAAACUUCCUACAGUCUCAGAAUGUGUAUUUACUUCAUAAUGAGAGAAAGUGAGUUGAGAGAAAAAUUUAAGCAAUAUGGGGACAUUUUAAAGGUUGCUUAUGACUGUUCCUAGAUUUUAUAGCAUAUAUUUAUCCUUUCCCACCACUGAAAACCAGUACAUACACCAGAAAAAUUGCCUGCUCUAAACUCUAGUAAACAACAAUUUAAUUCUUACAUUAACACACCUGUACCCCAUUUAAGACUGUUUUAUAUGAGUUGGCUGUUGCUUCACACUAAUGAAAAUUGUCCAAGGAUUACUGUUCUACUGCUCUCCUUCCAAGAACCACAAUGCCAAAUCUUGAUUGAAGUGGAAUUAACCCCAAUUCCAUGAAUUCUUAUGGUUCUCCAUCUACUAAAAAUUGAAGUUAAGUCAUUAGAACUUUCCAUUAAUAAAAACUAGAGUUCACCUUGUCUACAGUAGGUGUUCUGAUGUUUUGUUAGCCAUCAGUUUCUGGAGUUAGAGUUAAUACUUUGUCCAGACAAGGCUUACUAGAGUACUGCCGUUAUGAAUUCCUAAUUUUCAUUUUAAGAUCUAGAGUACACCCAUUGAACGUUCAGUGACAGCACUGUGUAAAUUCAGUCUUGUAACUGAUUGUUACAAUCUUUUACAAAACUUAAAUAUAGAUGCAUUAGUUUUUUUUCUGGUGAGAUGGUGCAAACUUGGGCACUGUGACAAAGUACCAUCUGGAUGCAAACAUCUCGUAUUAUGCUGCUUGCAUGAAAAUUUGCAGAUGCUGCCCCUCUCUCUCCCAGUCCUUGUGCACCUGCCCAAGCUGGAUUCAGCCUCAGAGAGGUUGUUGGUGUUGUUUUAUAAAGCAAACCUUUGACGAAAGCCUACAAUGAAAUGGUAUUGUACUCAAUAAAAUAUUUUCUGAAUUGCA